AUGGGAGUACUUGCUGCAAUUCAAGACGGAAAUAAGAAAGGACACAAUCUCAGAUUGACCAUAACAGAUUUGGAUGGUCACAUUUACUAUGCACAUGGCAAUGAACAAACAGCCGCAAAACUUCUUGACGCUUUCAAGACUACAAAGAGAGAACAAAUGGUUGACUCCGACUCAGACAUUUUGAAUGCAAUUGAAGGAAUUGCAAGUGUCAAGUUCGAAUGGUACCAACCUAACCCUCAAGUAGUCAGACAACAUGCUGGAUACUUCCCGUUCAUAAAUAAGUCUGACAUUGACUUGACAAGGUAUGGAAUUUACAAUUCAAUUGAAACAAUUGUCAACGAACCUUGCAUUCUUACAUGUCUCAGGAACUCUGGUCUUGUUACAGAUGAGAAGAUGAAGUAUCUUGAGUCAUGUGUGAAGACAAGGUACAUUCUCAGAGGUCAAUUGGCAAAAAUUGCACCGUUGGCAAAUGUCAAUAUCCGAGUCAACAUACCUACAGCUAAAGGUUCUUCACAUGACGACUAUGUUGUUGAGUUCAAUUUACCAUGGUUGAAGAUUGUAAUUGUCCACAACCACUUCAUGUUGAACGAAAGUCUUACAAACCCAUUGUUCGGAAAAGGCAAGUGCAACAUUGUCAGAGCUGUAAACAUUCUUUUCGAGAAAGGUUUGUUGGAACCAAUUCCAGAUGACAAGCUGACAGAAACUUUUGUACCAAAAGACGAAACAAACUUUUCAUUGUUAGCAAGACCAAAAGUUGUUCCAGACAAAGUUCUAGUACAAAAGAAGUACACAAUUCCACAAGGGGUUGGUAUGUUCGGAUACCAACCUGAACCAGAAGAACUUCCAAUGAG